AUGCGACGAGCUGGAAAGGUGAUGACGAUGGCUUCGGACGUCGUCCGUGAUGGCGUCUUCGCCAUCAACAAGCCUUGCGGCCAAAGCUCGGCCCAGGUGAUCCGCGAGUGCCAGCAAAUCUUCAACCCCUCCCUCUUCUUCCGGCCCAUGAUCGAAGCCGAGAGGGCGAAGCGGCUCAAGGAGUCGGGCGGCCAGUUCAAGCGCCGGAGGAUGGAGAAGAAGGCGACGCAGGUCAAGAUCGGCCACGGAGGCACCCUCGACCCCCUCGCCACGGGCGUGCUCAUCCUCGGCAUCGGGUCGGCGACCAAGCUUCUGCCCCAGUUUCUCGACUGCACCAAGUCGUACGAGGCCAUCGUCACCUUUGGCGCCACCACGGACACGUACGACCGCGUCGGCCGCAUCAUCUCGAAGCGGCCCUACCACCACAUCACCCGCGCCAUGGUCGAGGCCGAGCUCGACGGCUUCCGAGGCAAGCAGGUGCAAAUACCGCCGCUCUACUCGGCCCUCAAGAUGAACGGCAAGCCGCUGUACGAGUACGCGCGCGAGGGAAAGCCCAUCCCUCGCGAGAUCGAGGGCAGAAACGUCGAGGCGCUCGAGAUUGAGCUCGUCGAGUGGUACGAGCCCGGCUCGCACAACCACCGGUGGCCGACGGAGGAGGCCGAGGCGGCCGAGCGCAACCUUGCCGAGCAGGUCUGGAGGGUGAAGAGGCUGCAGGAGUCGUCCAAGACGCUCACGCCCGAGGAGCGGCAGGAGGACGACGAGGCCGUGGCCGAGCACGAGUCGUUCAAGAAGAGGUUUGAGGAGCGCCAGGACGAGCUCAUCAUGGACAAGCCGCAGAAGAAGAGCCGGCGGGCCGGGGCCGAGCCCAUGAUGUCGGGCGCUCUCGGCGCCUUCCCGCCGCCCGUCCACUCGUCCAAGGGGUGCAACCUCGUGCCGCCCAGCCCGGACAAGGACACGCCGCCGCCGUGGAGCGACGAGGGCCCGCCGGCCUGCAAGAUCCGGCUGACGGUGACGUCGGGGUACUACGUGCGGAGCUUCUGCCACGACCUGGGCAUGAAGCUCGAGUCGGGAGGCAUCAUGGCCGAGCUCUGCCGCGUGCGCCAGAGCGACUUUACCGUCGGAGGCAUCAACACUCUCGAGUACGACGCCUUGGCCAAGGGCGAGGAGGUCUGGGGGCCCCAGGUGGCCAACAUGCUGGCGCGGUGGAACGGCGAACCCGAGGGCCACUGGCCCGGCGGCGCCAAGCAGCAGCCGCCGCCGCCGCCGCCGCCGUCGCCUCCGAAGAGCAACGGCCAGCCACGGCCGGAUCCGAGCCAGCCGAGCCCGUCGACGAACGGCGCGGGCGAGAAGCGGAAACGAUGGCCGAGCGAGACGGACGAGGCCUCGAGUCCGCGAAAGGUCCCGGCUCGGACGGCCGACGAGGCGAACGACGACAAACCAAGCUGGCUGGCGAGCACCGCCCAGACACGUUUGGAGGAUGAAAAGUCGUGGAACGGCAUAGAGGAUUAA